CCAGGAUGAUCCUAAGGGGGGGGUUACAACUACCUGAAAGGGGGGGGUUACAACUACUGGAAGGUCUCUGAGGGCUAUGGUGUUAAGCGUAUAGAGCUCAAAGUACAUCCCAAUGGGGGGGUUACAACCCCCAAAACCCCCCCUGGUUACGCCUAUGGACCGUAGAAACCAGUUCAUAAAUAAGGGAAUCUACAUUACCUAAUUAGUUUGGAGAAUUUUUAAACUGGUUUUACUGUAUUAUAAAUGGCUUAAAAAAUCUACUGAUUGCUACGGAUUUUUUGAAAGCAAAACUACUGAAGAAAUCAAUACUGACCUGGCAACCCUGCUGUCUCGAGUGUGUCCUAACCUAACCCUAAUCUUUCGUCUUUUUCCCUUUUUCCUCUUUAUUCUUUAUGAUUUUUUUUGUGGAAGUGGAAACAAAAGUGUAAUUUGCAAAUAAAAUCAAAUUUAAUAACAUGGAAAUAAAACAAGAAGAUAGUGAGAAAACUUGUAAAAUAGAAAUAGUGAAUGAGAUGUUGAAUGGUCCUCUGGAUGGCUUCAAAGUGGAAAUUAAGGAAGAACCCAAGAGAGAACCCGCAUAUGAGUCAUUUGAUUAUUUAGACUUAAAUGAAGUCCCCAUAAAGACUGAAAUAGACCAAGAUGAAUGUAAAUUCAAACAAUUUCAAGAACAGCAACUAAAAAAUGAAGAAAGUUGUCUUCAGGAGGAGAAUAGAAUUAAAAUCAUGGAAACGUUGCAUUCAUCUCACAAAGAAAACUAUACGAGUCAAAACGCAGAAGGAAAAAUAAUAAAUAUAAAUAGUACGAAGGUCAGGACUGGACAAAGAACCUACAAUUGUGAAAUUUGUUUAAUGCAGUUCUCUCAAAAAAGUAAUUUGAAUACACAUUUGAUAACACACACUGACGAAAAACCUCACAAGUGUGAAAUUUGUUUUAAGCAGUUUAUUCUUGCAAGUUCUUUGAAAAGACAUUCGAGAGUGCACACUGGAGAAACGCCUUAUAAGUGUGGAAUUUGUUUUAAUCAGUUCAAAUAUAAAAUUUCUUUGGACGAGCAUAUGAAAGUUCACACAGGAGAAGCACCUUACAAGUGUGAAAUUUGUUUUAAACAGUUUAGUCGAGCAUUUUCUUUGAAAAUACAUUUGAGAGUGCACACUGGAGAAAAGACUUAUAAGUGUGAUAUUUGUUUUAAACAGUUUAGUCAAGCAGGUUCUUUGAAAACACAUUUGAGAGUGCACACUGGAGAAACUCCUUAUAAGUGUGAAAUUUGUUUUAAGCAGUUCAGACAUAAAAAUUCUUUGGAUGAGCAUAUGAGAGUUCACACUGGAGAAACACCUUACAAGUGUAAAAUUUGUUUUAAACAGUUUAGUCAAGCAGGUUCUUUGAAAACACAUUUGAGAGUGCACAGUGGAGAAACUCCUUACGAGUGUGAAAUUUGUUUUAAGCAAUUCAGCCGUAAAAAUUCUUUGGAUGUGCAUACAAAAGUUCAUACUGGAGAAGCACCUCAUAAGUGUGGAAUUUGUUUUAAACAGUUUGUUCAAGCAGGUAAUUUGAAAACACAUUUAAGAUUGCACACUGGGGAAAAACCUUAUAAGUGUGAAAUAUGUUUUAAGAAUUUUAAUACAAUAAGUGAUUUGAAAAAACAUUUGAGAGUGCACACUGGAGAAAAACCUCACAAUUGUGAAAUUUGUUUUAAAAAAUUCACUACAACAUGUGAUUUGAAAAGCCAUUUGACAGUGCACACUGGAGAAAAACCUCACAAGUGUGAAAUUUGUUUUAAGCAAUUUAGUCGAGCAAGUAAUUUGAAAACACAUUUGAUGACACACACUGGGAAAAAACCUCACAAUUGUGAAAUUUGUUUUAAGCUGUUUUGUCGAAAAAGUCAAUUGAAAACACAUUUGAUGAUCCACACUGGAGAAAAACCUCACAAGUGUGAAAUUUGUUUUAAGAAUUUUACUACAACAAAAGUUUUGAAAGUACAUUUGAGAGUGCACACUGGGGAAAAACCUUAUAAGUGUGAAAUUUGCUUUAAACAGUUCAGACAUAAAAUUUCUUUGGAUAAGCAUAUGAGAGUUCACACUGGACAAACACCUUACAAGUGUAAAAUUUGUUUUAAACAGUUUAGUCAAUCAGGUAAUUUGAAAACACAUUUGAGAGUGCACACUGGAGAAACUCCUUACAAGUGUUAAAUUUCUUUUAGGCAGUUCAGACAUAAUUCUUUGUAUGUGCAUACGAAAGUUAACACUGGAGAAGCACCUUAUAAGCGUCGAAUUUAUUUUAAACAGUUUAUUCAAGCAGGUAAUUUGAAAACACAUUUGAGAGUGCACACUGGAGAAAAGCCUUAUAAGUGUAAAAUAUGUUUUAAGAAUUUUACUACAAUAAGUGAUUUGAAAAAACAUUUGAGAGUGCAUACUGGAGAAAAACCUCACAAGUGUGAAAUUUGUUUUAAAAAAUUUACUACAACAAGUGAUUUGAAAAGCCAUUUGACAGUGCACACUGGAGAAAAACCUCACAAGUGUGAAAUUUGUUUUAAGCAAUUUAGUGGAGCAAGUAAUUUGAAAACACAUUUGAUGACACACACUGGGAAAAAACCUCACAAGUGUGAAAUUUGUUUUAAGCUGUUUUGUCGAAAAAGUCAAUUGGAAACACUUGAUGAUCCACACUGAAGAAAAACCUCACAAGUGUGAAAUUUGUUUUAGGAAUUUUACUACAACAAAAGUUUUGAAAAUACAUUUGAGAGUGCACACUGGGGAAAAACCUUAUAAGUGUGAAAUUUGCUUUAAACGGUUCAGACAUAAAAUUUCUUUGGAUUAGCAUAUGAGAGUUCACACUGGAGAAACACCUUAUAAGUGUAAAAUUUGUUUUAAACAGGUUAGUCAAGCAGGUUCUUUGAAAACACAUUUGAGAGUGCACACUGGGGAAAAACCUUAUAAGUGUGAAAUUUGUUCUGCGCAUUUUACUACAAGUAAUUUGAAAACACAUUUGAGAGUGCACACGACUGAAAACAUUUAGAAGUGUGAAAUAUGUUUCUAAGAAUUUUACUACAUUUGUACUGUACAUUUUUAUUUGAAAAAACAUUUGAUAUUGCACACUGGAUAAAAAUCUUACAAGUGUGAAAUUUGUUUUAAACAGUUUAGUGAAGCAGGUUCUUUGAAAACACAUUUGAGAGUCCACACUGGGGAAAACCUUAUAAGUCUGAAAUUUGUUCUGCGCAUUUUACUACAAGUAAUUUGAAAACACAUUUGAGAGUGCACACGACUGAAAACCUUUAGAAGUGUGAAAUAUGUUUCUAAGAAUUUUACUACAUUUGUACUGUACAUUUUGAUUUAAAAAAACAUUUGAUAUUGCACACUGGAUAAAAAUCUUACAAGUGUGAAAUUUGUUUUAAACAGUUUAGUCAAACAGGUUCUUUGAAAACACAUUUGAGAGUGCACAUUGGGGAAAAACCUUAUAAGUGUGAAAUUGGUUCUGCGCAUUUUACUACAAGUAAUUUGAAAACACAUUUGAGAGUGCACACGACUGAAAACCUUUAGAAGUGUGAAAUAUGUUUUAAAGAAUUUUACUACAAUAAGUGAUUCGAAAAAACAUUUGAGAGUGCACACUGGAGGAAAACCUCACAAGUGUAAAAUUUGUUUUAAAAGAUUUACUACAACAAGUGAUUUGAAAAGCCAUUUGACAGUGCACACUGGAGAAAAACCUCACAAGUGUGAAUUUGUUUUAAGCAAUUUAGUCGAGCAAGUAAUUUGAAAACACAUUUGAUGACACACACUGGGAAAAAACCUCACAAGUGUGAAAUUUGUUUUAAGCUGUUUUAUCAAAAAAGUCAAUUGAAAACACAUUUGAUGAUCCACACUGAAGAAAAACCUCACAAGUGUGAAAUUUGUUUUAAUAAUUUUACUACAACAAAAGUUUUGAAAAUACAUUUGAGAGUGCACACUGGGGAAAAACCUUAUAAGUGUGAAAUUUGCUUUAAACAGUUCAGACAUAAAAUUUCUUUGGAUGCGCAUAUGAGAGUUCACACUGGAGAAACACCUUACAAGUGUAGAAUUUGUUUUAAACAGUUUAGUCAAGCAGGUUCUUUGAAAACACAUUUGAGAGUGCACACUGGGGAAAACCUUAUAAGUGUGAAAUUUGUUUUGCGCAUUUUACUACAAUUUGAAAGCACAUUUGAGAGUGCACACGAGGGAAAACUACAGACGAAUCAGAAUGUACACGAGAGUGUACAUUUUGAUUUGAAAAAACAUUUGAUAUUGCACACUGGAUAAAAAUCUUACAAGUGUGAAAUUUAUUUCAAAGAGUUUAGUCAAGCAAGUAAUUUGAAAACACAUUUGAGUACAAGAAGAUUGGACGAACGAAUUAUAGCUCAGCUCAACAGGCCUCACGGGCCCAAGGCUCACAGGUUUUCUUUCAGUUAUUUCUGUCUUGUGCUAGGUUUUUCCGUUAUUGUACCCUCAGCGACUUCAGAUAUUCUUUUGCCGACUCCAACCAUCUUCUUCGGGGGAGUCCUGUUGUUCUUUUUGUACCAGCCUCCGUGUUUAUUAAUUCAUUUGGAACUCGUCCUUCUUUCAUUCUUGCUAUAUGCCCGAGCCAUCUUAAUCUUCGAAUUUUGGCUUGUUAUUUUUGGUUGUCCAUAUAUUUGCAUUAUUUCUUCAUUCGUUCUUCUUUGCCAGAUAUUCCCCUCUUUUAGACCUCCGUAUAUCCUUCUGAGAAUCGUUCGUUCCCAUCUAUCUAAUUUUACUUCCAUGUCUUUAUUUAGUGUCCAGGUCUCGCUAGCAUAGAAUACUGUAGCUCGGAUAACUGUUGUAUAUAUUCGUUUUUUUGCUGUUCUGGAUAUGAUUUUCGACAUCAGUAUCUUAGUUAGACUCCCAGCACUCUUUCUACCUUUCGCCAUUCUUUUUGCGAUUUCUCGGUUCUCUUCGUUCCUAUUUGUUAGUGUUACUCUUAAGUAAUCGAAUUGGCCGACAAUUUCGAAGUUAUAUUCUUUACUUGGGCUUUGUAUCUUAAAGGACUGUCCCAGAUGAUUUUAAUUUCGUUUCAUCAUCACAUAUUUCUUUUUUUUUUUGUUUAUUUAUGAACCAUAUUCCUUGGCUGUUCUCUCUAGUCUAUUAAAGAUUUCUCUUAAUUCUGCAGGUCUCCUUGGUAUUAAGGUAAUAUCAUCUGCGUAUGCUACACAUUGAUGCCGGUGAUGAUAUAUUGCGCCUCUAGUAUAAGUCUUCUCUAAAAUAAAUUGAAGAAAUAUGUUGAUAAUGGGUCACCUUGUCGCAAGCCUCAAGCCUCUAUUGAUGAUAAAGCUAUCCGAAACCUGUCCUUCUAUCAUAACUUUACUUUUAGUGUCACUGAGAAUGCAUUUAAUCAGUAUUGCUAUUUUUGGUGGAAAUUCAAAAUAUUUUAGCGUUUCAGAGUACUUUACUUCUUUUUAUGGUAUCGUAUGCCUACCUAAAAUCAAUAACCAUAUUUAAUGCUAGGUUGAAUUCAUAUGAGGUAGAUAAAAUUUGUUUUAUUAACAUGUAAACGAAUACGAUGUAUGGACAAACGAAUUACAGUUCAAUAACCCCGCAUAUCAGCGAUAAUGCUGUCAAGUACCCUAGCCAUUCAGCAGUUUAACACAGUACACGCAAUCCACUAAUUUUGUAUAGAUAUAAAUAUGUAAAAUUCACAUUUUCAAACAAUUGUAAUUUUGCUAAAAUAAAGUGCUGUUAGUUUGUU